UUUAUAGUGAAAGCCAGAAUGUUUAAUGUUAAUGUGAGUCAUAUUUUGUUUUUCGUGAUGCUAAUCUGACUGCGAUGCGUCGGUAAGAACAGUUUUGUCCUGUGUUUGUGAAACCUCAAACAUUGGAUGGUCCAAGUCUCAUAUCUGCGACCUAGCGAUUGAAAUUCGAUCGUCUUAAUCAUUUCAUAAGAAAUGAUGUACACAUUGUGCUAACCUAAGAUUUUUUUGAAAAUUAUUUACACUUAGUAACAAGGUUAGAGUCAAACUUACCUAUAAAGUAAUACUGCUGUCUAAUCGCUAGUGGUAUGAACUAAUUAGAUCAACUAAUGAAAAACAACGUUAUUUUCGCGAGUUGAUUUGGACUCUGUUUAGUUGGUAUUUUGAUUCUUCUCAUCAAAUGUCCCACUCAUGGUUUCAUAAGUGUGUAAUUUUUAGAAUUGUCUGCUUAACUACUACAAUAUAACUGUGUUAAUAAAAUUAUUCGGAAGGUAAUACCCAUUUUCCAUAUAUCAUUUAAACAACAGUUUGACCCGAUGUGAUACCUCGUAGUGAUUCCCACUUUCUACUUUUUGAUUACUUUUUAACCUGCUGUUUUAUAUUUUUCCUCAUUAUUCUCAUGUAGUACAAAGAUUUUCAUUAUUUAAUCUAUUCCGUUGAUUAAAAUCCUACUUUUUCUGAGGAUGUUCAUAUUUUUAACUGUAUAAAAUUUACAGUCCACUUGUUCUAACUGAUAUUUUGUUUAGUGUCAGGUUGCUAAGAGAUUUACGAAUCGACAUUUUCACAUCGCUCAGCUAUUGAGUUGUGCACAUCAGUUAUAUGUAUUUAAUUUCCUUUUAUAUAGAGGUCAUUUCUCUUUCAAUCCUGAUCUAAGCGUUUAUGUGAAAUCUAUAAAUAAUUGUUAAAUAUUCAUUUAUCGUAGUUAUUUGCCUAUUUGGAUAGUGUCAUUAAUAAUAAUAUUUUCACAACACCUUCCUUUAGAUGCCUGUACUGAACGGACAAUUUUUCAUUCAUAUCAACUUAUGAAUUUACUGGAUUGUCUCAUCUCCCUCAGUUAAAUGAUAAUUAUUCAUUGUAGUAAAAAAAACUCGGCUAUUUUCAGUUACAAUCCUAUUAAAAUAUUUAUCAAACUCUGAGGUAUGCAGUGAAUAUUGUUUAUCGUACACCUUCCAUUUACAAAAUAAUCUCUAAUGUCAUUGUUUAAAAUUUGUGACAUUUGGUCAUCACAGCUGCACACAACAAAUUUUGAGGACGGUUUUUGCUUGAAGUUAAGCCCUCUUCACAAUUUGCAUAAAUCUCAAUAUUUCAUCUUAUUUGGAACUUCCUCUGGUAUUUUGUCCAUUUUCCUACCUCGAGCUGCUGAAAUUUCAGAUAAUGAAAAAUCAAAUGGUCAAUUACAUGAUUAUAAUGAUUUGUGCCUUGAAUACAAUACUGAACACCCCAUUUUAUGUAUAGAUUGUGGUAAUCUUGUCAUGGAAAUGUCUCAGUAUCAACAGAUAGCAGUUUUGCAUUCACGAAUGAUAUCUGUUUAUAAUUUUGCGAAGUCUGAUGAUUCGUUUCAAGGCUGUAGUGAUAAUUUUUCACUGGAAUCUUGGAAGCUAACACUUUCAUUCAAACUUAACGUUCAAAAGGAUUCAUACACAUUACUUCUUGGAAAAUUCUUUGAAAAAAUUCAGACAGAUGUCAUUUGUGUUCAAUCAGUUGACGCAUCUCUUUACUUUUUCAAUGCAAAUGGAGAAUUAUUUCAAAUAACGUUACCAAAUAUUCUAAUACCUGGUCCUAUAAUAUUUGUAAAAUCCAUCCAUUCGUUAAUAAUAGCUACUUCAAUAAAACUAUAUUGUUUUAGUUUUCUGUCUUCGAAUAUUGAACACUCUCAAAUAUUAUAUGCUAAUCAUAAAAAUAUUCCAUUCGACUGGUCGAUUGUUUCAGGAGAACCCAUAUUGUGUAUAGAUGAAAUUGACUCAGAAUCUGCAACCAGUAAACACUAUCCUUUAUCGUAUGUAGUUGCAUUAGGUAGAAAACGAAUUUUCCUUAUCUCAGAAACUGGCUCUUUAUUGUUUACUCGGCGUAUUGACAUUCCAUCCAAACAAUUAUGUGUAUAUGGUUAUUCAGAAAGAAAUGUUAAUUCACCAGAAAACUUAUCAUUUACUAAUACACAAAGUCAAGUUUCUUGGGUGCCAAGGUUUCUGGUAACAACAGAGAAAAAUCAGCUACUUGUAUUUAAAGGUGCGCAACUCUUAUGGUCUGCAUUGUUAUCAUUUGGUGCAAUUCAUAUAUCCAUGCCUAUAUUCACAAUGGAAUUAAGUAAUCAUUACGGUAAAACACUUCCUUUUAUUGGACUAAAUUUUCCAUCUGGUUUAAUUGUUGUACUUCAUAGAAAUGGACGAAUUACUUUGUCAUAUCUUGGCACUGAUCCAUCUAAUUUAGUUGUCCCGAAUAUCAUGAAAUCAAGUCAAAACGGUCACAAUUAUUCAAAUGAAAUAGAUCCUAAUCAAUCACAACUGAAAAAUGAAAGUUUCGAUGAAGAAAUGCAUCAAGUAAAUGAACGUAUUGAUCAGCUAAUAAAAGUUCGCUCGUCUUUAUUAUUCUCUAAUAAUAAUCAUAAAAAUACUCAUCUUGAAAAAGAUUCUCUCCCAAAAUUGAAAACAUCUAUUCGUCUAAAUUCAAAUCGAUUGAAUACAGAUGAGAAUGAAUUAUGCUAUAUUGACAUUGAUAUUGAAUUUCCAAAAGCAUAUCCCAAGAAACAAUUUAAUCCUGUUUAUCUAUUAACUCAUUCUUGUCCACCAAUUAUAAUCAAACCUAAUUAUAUAGACAUUUCUUCUAAUGAAUUGAAUAGUAGUGAUUUUGUUUUAGUCAAUCAUAAUAAUUCAUAUAAGUAUUCAUAUACAUUAACGUGUUAUAAUGUUAAUAAAUUUAUUGAUGGAGAAAAUGAGACAUCAUCAAUAAUGCAUAAUCAACUUCCAUUAGAUAUGAAUGUUGUUUUAAUGUUGUAUUACACUUUUACUCCCUUGAACUAUAAGAACAAUAACAAUAAUAGUAAUGAAAACAUUAAUUGCCCUACUGAUAAUUCAAUGUCGUUUAAUUCUCGUUCAAUUACAAAAUGUGUUACUCAUUGUAUCCAGCUCCCAAUAAUCUUGUUUGCUUCUAGCACCUUUGUACAUAAGAAUCAAAUGAUUGGGAAAUUUUCCUUGGUUUUUCAAUUGAUAACAAAGUUUCAUAAUCAUUUAAAAAAUGUAUAUUUAUCAGACUUAUUUCCAAAUUUCUUACCUAAAAAUGAUACUACUGGUUUUAAUGAAAGUAGUCAAAAUAACUUCACCCUAUAUGUAUCAUUUAAUGGAUUGAAACAAAUAAGUAAUGCUGAUCAACAAUGUGUAUACAUUUCAGUUAAAUACAAUAAAAAAUUCAAAUUUAAACUACAAAGUAAUCAUCCUGAAACAUUUUGGCCAAUUUUACAAGAGCUCAUUUUUCAUAAUAAUCUUGUUGGAAAACGUAAACCAAAUAGUGAUGCAAAUAAUCUUUACAUUAUCUUGUAUACGAAGGAUGCUAGAAAAUUCAUGGAUGAUCGUCCUGUACCUCCGAAAUCACCAUCGUCAUCAAAGUUUGAUAAUUAUACUUCUCAACUUGAAACAUUGUUCAAUAAAUUAUAUGAAUCUUUAGAUAAUCAUGUCAAUAAACGCUUAGAACUAGAUAACCAAAUUAGUAAGCUUACUGUGCAAGCUAGACAUUAUCGUGCUGUUCAACGAGAAGUUGUCGAUAGAAUAAAAAGUAGUCAACCUAAUUGUUUAAAUGGAUUUAAUGAAUUGUUAGAAAGAGAUAUGAAUAAUUUAAUGACUACUUGUGAUUUACUUGACCUGCUAACACAAGAAUAUUUUCAAUCUGGUUAUUCUGUAAUAUCAUUAGUUAUUUUAUUAAGUUUUAUUUGUUUAUUUUGCAUGCAAUCGUCGUCCUCUUCUUCCCCAUCAUCAUUUGAUUUUUCUGAAUUCGAAAGUGAAUGUAUGCUAUUCAAACCGACACAUUUGUUGACCAUGCUACAUUCAACACUUUCAUUAGAAAAUAUUCAAAGUUCAGAAUUCCCUGAAUCCAUUUUAUCCACUGAAUCUGAUGAACAUAAUCUUCAUCAUGUUGAUUUUAAACAAUACCUACAAGCCGAAAUAAAUUAUUUUUCAGAAAUCAUUCAAUCCAAUCACAUCGAGCCAAACGAGAAACGUGAUUCAUUCACUAAUUAUCAAGAUCCUUUAAAAAAUUAUAAUCGAUUAUUAACGCCUAAAUAUAUUUAUGAACAAUUCUAUCAACUUUGUAAACAAUUUAUGUCUUGUGAUCAUAAGGAAAUCAAACGUGUAAUUAGUUUACUUAAUCGAUGAAUAACUCUGUUAUUUCAAAUUCUUUCUUUCAGUAUUUUCAUUCAUCAGCUUGAAAAGUUGUUAUUUGAAAUGAAAUUUUCCUUUUGGUCAGCUUAAAUAGAAUUAACAAUAAUAUAGUUCUUUUUGUAUUAUAUUUUGUAGUCAUGCUUUAAAUCCUUUAUAAAUAAUACCAAAUAGCAUUCUUCAAUU